AUUUAUGAUGAAAAACAAAAUUAAUUUAGAUACAUGGCCAUAAUGACUCCGUUACGUCCACGAAUGGGGAAAACGGCAACUUUAUGCGUAGCAGUAGGAAUUUGGACCGUUAGCGGAAUAUUUUCCGUUCCGAAUUUGUUGGUUUACAAAGUUUUUCAUCACGUCGAAGGAGAUAGACACAUUUGUUACCCGGAAUGGACGAACAGUUCUCAUCAGAAAACGUACGAAAUACUCUUUCUCUUCAUUACCUACGUGGUACCAAUCGGAAGUAUGACGUUUGCUUACGCAAGAAUUGGAAUUGAAUUGUGGGGAUCGCAAAGCAUUGGGGAGUGUACUCAACGUCAAAUGGAAAAUAUUAGAAAUAAAAGGAGGGUAGUAAAAAUGAUGAUGAUAGUGGUAAUAAUCUUCGCAGUUUGUUGGUUACCGUACGAUCUUUACUUUAUCAUAACCUCAUUUUACCCGGAAGUACAAAAUCAACCGUACAUUCAAGAAACUUAUUUGGCCAUUUACUGGUUGGCAAUGAGCAACUCAAUGUAUAACCCAAUCAUAUAUUGCUGGCUGAACGCGAGAUUUCGCCGUGGUUUUAAACAAGUUUUUUCUUGGUUACCUUACGUAAAUGUAAGCCCUGCUAAAUUAACGAGGAGGGGUGUGUUUACGAGCAACAGAAGAUCGUAUUCCGGAUCACCGGAUCAUAAUAGGAUCGUUCGGAAUGGAACUGUAAGAACUCCACUUUACAAUGCUUGUGCAAAUCAAAGCUCAGCGGAUACAUGUUACACAAAUGUGGAUGAUUUCGGAUCUGUUCGAGGAAGCAGACGUUGGAGGACAAGUGUUGAGUUACGCCAACCGUCUUGACACAAAUCGAAUGUUAGAGGUGAUACAUUUGACACCAGAGAAUCAAUCCGCGAAAGAAACACAUGGAUAUAGUGCAGGAAAAAACUUGAAGGAGAAAAACUGGGAUUAUUAGAAACAAAAAUGUGAAAAAAGAUUAUACAUAUCUAUUUAUCAUAAUCUCAUUUUAAUUCUUUUAAUUCAUCUAAAACAAAGAAUACAAUUAGAUGUUAAGUAAGAUUUUUUUUGGAAUCAAAAACGGCAUAAAUCUGUAAAGACUGAGCCAAAAAAAAAGUUUAAAAGCACAAAAUACGGGUAAAUAAACAUAAUAUAUGAACAUGUUAUGAAAUGUGUGUAUAAUACAAAGAAUUUAUGUAAUAAUGGGAAAAAAUAAACGCUUUUGUUUGGUGUUUAUUAUUAAAA